AUGUCGCCCAAGGUUGAUAUCGACGUCUCCGACAUGGUCGAGGACGCCGUCAAGGAUGUUGUGAAGCACGCCGUUAAGGAGCAGCUCAAGGACGCCAAGGAAGUCAUCAAACACCCGUUCAAGGAGGCCAAGGAGGCCAUCACGCACCCAUUCAAGGAGGCCAAGGAGGUCAUCACGCACCCCUUCAAGGAAGCCGUCCAGGACAUCAGGGAGUUCAAGGCCGAGGUCAAGAAGGAUGGCGGUUUCAUCGGCCACACUGCUGCCGCCAUUCACGAGGCUGCCACCGGCCAGCUUCCCGGCACGAGCGGGAAGCAUCCCAUCUCUGCCGUCGUCGGCACUGCCCUGACCGGCGGCAGGAAGAAUGCCGGCACCCGCGGCUACCUUGCUGAUCAUCCUCUGCGCACCAAGAUGCUCACGGCCGGCACUCUGGCCGGUGGUCAGGAGCUGCUCGCCUCGUGGCUCGCCAAGGAUCGCAACAAACACGGCAACUACUUCACCUCGCGCGUGCCCAAGAUGGCCGCGUAUGGUGCCUUCGUUAGCGCGCCCCUGGGCCACUUUAUGAUUUGGUGCCUGCACAAAGCCUUCAGCAAGCGCACCAGCCUGCGGGCCAAGAUCAUGCAGAUCCUCGUUAGCAACUUUAUCAUCGCCCCUAUCCAAAACACUGUCUACCUCGUUGCGAUGGCGCUCAUUGCCGGCGCGCGCACCUGGCAGCAGAUCCGCGCGACCGUGCGCGUCGGCUUCUGGAAGGUGAUGCGCGUGUCAUGGAUCUCAUCACCCAUCUGCCUGGCCUUCGCCCAGAAGUUCCUUCCUCAGGACGCCUGGGUGCCUUUCUUCAACCUCGUCUCCUUCAUCAUCGGCACAUACAUCAACACCAUCACCAAGAAGAAGCGCCUGGCCGCCCUGCGCAAGAAGCACUUUGGCGACCGCGCCACCGCUCCUCCCCCGCCGCCUCCUGGCCCUGCCGGCCCCGGCCCCAACCUCGGCAUGGGCGGCCCCCGCCCCGAGGACUACCCCCACCCUCACCCCCAUCCGCAUCCGCAUCCUCACACUGGUCUCGGGCCCAACCCCCCCUAUCAGUGA